UGAAUACGACGAGGGACUGCGCAUGCCGGUAAGGUAGGUCUUGCACUUCUCUCUGCUCCUUUCGAUCCUCCUUAGCGUCUGCGAAGCAACACCAUGACUAGGACAAUCGACUAUCAAGUCAUUAGCAAGCAGAAGAGGGAGCAACGCGCCAGCAGGAUCCCAAAAGAAUGGACGCUGCCUGCACACGUGAAGCUCGGAAAUAAUGUCCUAGACGUCCCGGCAACUUGUGGUCUGCUCACCGCACGAGAGCUCGAGAUUACUGGCGAAAACGACGCUGUGGACAUUGUACAGAAGAUACGGGCCCGAACCUAUACAGCUGAAGAAGUUACGCGCGCGUUUUGCAAGCGCGCAGCCAUUGCACAACAAGUGUCUAACUGCUUGACAGAGAUUUUCUUCGACGAUGCGAUCGAACGAUCGAAAGAGCUAGACAGAGAACAAAAUGCCAACCCUGACGCGCCACUCCGGCCCCUUCAUGGCUUGCCAAUAUCGUUGAAAGAUAGCUUCCGCGUUCCUGGAUACGAUUCCACAGUGGGCAUGAUCUGCUGGGCGAAUUUACCAGACACCACAUACUCCGCGCUGCCUCAGCUUCUUGUGGAUCUCGGUGCAGUACUGUACUGCAAAACGAACAUUCCACAGACAAUGAUGACAGCAGACUCCGACAACAACGUCUUUGGCCGGACAGUGAACCCAGUGAGCGCGAAGCUCACCGCUGGCGGAAGCAGUGGAGGCGAGGGCGCGCUGAUUGCCCUUCGCGGUAGUGUUCUCGGCAUCGGAACCGAUGUUGCUGGCAGCAUCAGAAUACCGAGCAUAUGCAACGGGAUCUACGGCCUUCGCACGAGCGCUGGUGUUGUGGCAUAUGCCGGCCAGCGGUCAUCUGUGCCGCCUGGCAUGGCAGGAGUCGCCGCUGUAGCUGGUCCAAUGGCGAUAUCGCUCCGGACCUGCGAGUACUUUAUGAAGGUCGUGAUCGAAGCUGAGCCGUGGAAGUACGACCCCGGCUGCUUACAUCUGCCGUGGAACUCCUGCGAGCGCGUGAAGCCGUCGCGUGUCGGAGUUGUUCUCGAUGAUGGAGCGUUCACGCCAUGGCCUCCAGUCCGCCGAACCAUGCACGAGUCAAUAGCUAAACUUGAGCGCGCAGGCAUAGAGGUCGUGCACUUGAACUUGCCCGACGUCCAAGAGGCGAUUGAAGUGACGCACAGGAUGUAUGCACUUGAUGGCUGCAAGUUCGUCCAAGCUCGAUUGAAGGAAAGCGGCGAGCCUCAAGUCGAAUCUGUAAAACGAGUCAACCUUGCAGGGAUACCUUCCGCAACUCUUGAAGACUAUUUCGAACUGAAUGCUGCUCGAAGUCGCAUCCAACGGACAUACCAAAAUCUGUGGCAAGCAAAUAAGCUCGAUGCUAUUCUUAUGCCAGGCGCCUCAACCACAGCGACGCCACAUGACGAGUGGGGCCCGGUUAAUUACACAGCCUUAUGGAACUUCUUAGAUUACCCGACGGUUAUUCUUCCUACAGGGACAGUAACCUAUACAGAUGCGGCGGAUGGUCUGGACAACGCCAAGUACGGCGAGGCAGAUCGGAGGAACUAUCAGCUUUAUACUGGACCAGACGACUUCCAGAGUGCGGCACUAACCGUACAGCUUGUGGGCAUGCAACAGGAGGACCAGCGAUUGCUACAAGUCGCAACUAUCGUCGAUGAAAUUCUGAGCCAUAGACAGAUCGCAGUGCAGAACGGCCAUUGAUACACAAUCUUACUGAGCUAUGCCUUUG